CGGCGCAAGACAAGAUGGCGGCGCUCGUGCUGUGCGCCCGCGGAGCGGCCUCGGCCCGGGGCCUGGUGCAGCGAGCCGCCCACCGCAGCCUGCUCCCCGGGCUCCGGGGAUUGACAUCUUCAAGUAAUAGACCUCGAGAAGACAGCUGGUUAAAAUCCUUAUUUGUCCGGAAAGUUGAUCCAAGAAAAGAUGCUCACUCUAAUCUUCUAGCCAAAAAGGAAACAAGCAGUUUAUACAAAAUACAGUUUCACAAUGUUAAACCAGAAUGCCUAGAUGCAUACAACAAAAUUUGUCAAGAGGUAUUGCCAAAGAUUCAUGAAGAUCAACAUUACCCUUGUACUUUGGUGGGGACCUGGAAUACGUGGUAUGGCGAGCAAGAUCAAGCUGUUCACCUCUGGAGGUAUGAGGGAGGCUAUCCAGCUCUCACAGAGGUCAUGAAUAAACUCAGAGGAAAUCAGGAAUUUGUGGAAUUCCGUAAAGCAAGAAGCAAUAUGCUUCUCUCCAGGAAGAAUCAGCUGCUGCUGGAGUUCAGCUUCUGGAAUGAACCUGUCCCCCGGUCAGGACCUAAUAUUUAUGAACUCAGAUCUUACCAACUGCGACCAGGAACUAUGAUUGAAUGGGGCAAUUAUUGGGCCCGUGCUGUUCGCUUCAGACAAGAUAAUAAUGAAGCAGUUGGAGGAUUUUUCUCUCAGAUUGGACAACUGUAUAUGGUGCAUCAUCUCUGGGCAUACAAGGAUCUUCAGACUAGGGAAGAUAUACGGAAUGCAGCUUGGCAUAAACAUGGCUGGGAAGAAUUAGUAUAUUAUACAGUCCCACUUAUUCAGGAAAUGGAAUCCAGAAUUAUGAUCCCACAGAAGACUUCCCCUCUCCAGUAAAGCUUUGGAGUUGAGAUAUGUCUACAUAAAUGUCUGUGACAAGUAUUUUCCAUAAAUUAAUUUUAAUUUUAUAUCAAGUGAAAAGAAUUGUAAACUGCUGUAUAUAGCUUACCAAAGACCUCUUUUUCUUUAAAAUUUACAUGAUCACAAGAAAAUUAUUACAGAUUUAUUGUAGCGGUGUUCAGUAGUGCUCUUUAUAACAACUGUUUGUCAAAUAUACUGUAUAAUGUUGAGGCACCCCUUUCUACCCUCUAGGGAAAGAGGGCUUAAAUUAAAAUUUGAUCCAUUUUCAAACAAGAAUCCAACCAUUAGGAAAAGUCAGCUAUUUACUUACAAGAAGAAAUUUUGUGGGCCGAAGAGAUAACACAGCGGUAGGGCAUUCACCUUGCACACUGCCAACCCAGGACAGACGGUGGUUGGAAUCCCAGAGUCCCAUAUGGUCCCCUGAGCCUGCCAGAGGCAAUUUCUGAGUGCAA